GUCAUUAUCGGAAAGAAUGGCAAUCAGAUGAAGAACGUAAACAUUUUGUAGUGAAAAGUUUGUGUCGUUUCUUGUGAAAGUUGCAUUUUUCAUUUUUUGUUGAAUGCUUUGAGAAAAUGAUCAAUUAUUGCCCCUAGAGCAGCAUGUACUCGGAGUGGGCUUCGCUGGUGCCGACUAUUUCGGAAAAUAUUUUCAACGCCCAGUCCCAGAGCGUACUGGGAAAAUUUGGUAUCGCUGGUGGGCGUGAUGUGGCAGCUGUCGUCGUCAAACAGUUAGCUGGAAAUCUUGGCAUAACCAAUGUGGCCGAACCGAGCACGUUGGCCUCGGAUCAGGAGGUACAAUGGUGCAUGGAUGUAAUUUGCCACGGGCUUUCGUUACCCCUUGCCGAACACGACAUCAUCAAGGACUGUGUUAAUAUCUACUGCGAGUGGGUUACGGCGCUACUGCCGCAGACCAAAAUUAGUGUUCCGAAACCGAUUUGCGAUGAUCCAAACACGUACGCUAGGAAAAUUAUUAAGCAUUUGUACAAUCUCUUCGUUCCACGACCAGGAGAAGACUGGCCAUUUCUCUAUCAAGAAGAAUUAGGAACGGACACAAUAAAUCGACAGGCGGUGUUCUGCCAUCGAGUCUUACGGACGUUACAAGAUACCGCACAAAACUCCAAGAUAUUGACGGUUGAAACUUGGGAAGCGCUGUUACUGUUUUUGCUGGCUAUCAACGAAAUUCUUUUGGCUCCACCAAUCGUCAAGGAUGAUGUUGGGGAUCAGCUAUGCGAAAGAGUAUUGAGCGUGUUGUUUGAAGUGUGGCUGCUAGCCUGCAGUCGUUGCUUCCCUUCUCCGUCGCUGUGGAAAACAUUCCAAGAAUCCUGCGGAGCAUGGCGCCACCGAAUCGCUCUGGUAGAACAGUGGAACAGAGUCAAUCUGGUGUUGACAGCGAAGCUGCUUGAAUUCACUUAUGGGCCAGCAUUUCCGGAAAUGAAAAUUUUGGAGGAAGACAGUCAUUUAAUUCCGUCGGGAAUGACUAACGAUGGAAUCGCUCAAUCGUGGAUACGAUUUCUUAAAAUUCUGGGAGCACCGACAGAUCUUUGCUGCCCGCAGGUGAUCAGUCGAACUCCGCAGUUCAUCCAAGCCGUACUACUCAACACGGAUGGUAUUGAGCCUCACUACCAUCCAUGUCUGCUGCAGCUUCCACAGAUCUUUCUGAAAACUAUGAAAGGGAUAGCUGGCCUGGUCGAUGCGUUUCUAGGCAUAGCUUUGUAUAGACAUGACAAUGCAGGGAUUUUGGAAAACAUUCACCAGCUUCAAUAUUACGGGGGUGGUCCGGGAAAUGUGACACCAAACAUAAACUUUAGGCACUCCGGCGGAGAGAUUAAACAGAGCCCAUCAGUUCGUGCAUCCGGUGGUUUGGGAGGUCUCGGUCUUGGAGCAGCUCUUGGUGUCGUUGGAAGUGGCUCCAGUCAUGGACUGAACAGCAAUGCUAUUGGUGGUGGUGGUGGUCUUCCUGGUGUUGGUACUGGAAUUAACAAUAUCGUUAGUCAUCCAACGGACGGGCAUUCUUUUUCCGGACAUGUAGGAGCUGGGGUCAUCAGUAGCUUCAUGGGCAGUGUUUCACACGAUGGCACAUCGUCUGAGGGAGUUCCAAAUUCACCAACACCACCAUUGCAAAGGCGACUAGCCAAAAGCUUCAGCGUCGCACCAUCGAUUUCAGCUCACACAGUAAUUUCUCAGAUGGCUCAGGCGAAGGGUCUAACCAAGAGCUCGUUCAGUGGACUUACUAGCAGCCGAUCAUCUGCUGCUCAGCCCAAUUCGAUCCCUCAGUCGACAUCGUUGCCUUCAUCUGGAUUUUCCUCUAUGCUGUCUCUGUGUCAGGAAAAUCGCUACCCAUUGGCGGCAAACAGACCGCGCUGUAACAGUAUACUUCAUUUGUUCGGAGAGUGGCUGUUCGAUGCUGCUCACAUUGGCGGUGAAACGUGGAUACACAAUAUGAAGAAACGUGCCGCCGAAGCGAAACGUCGUCCCUCGUCGAUGAUUAUGGAUAACCGCAAGGGUAGUCUCUCGCAGCCACCGUCCCUAUCGGAAAUGAGUGACGUUCCACCGGGGCUUACCAUCGACAAAUACGAAUCGGGUAAAGCGGAAGCCGUGGGAGCUCUUUGUCGGAUCUUUUGCGCUAAGAAAACCGGGGAGGAAAUCUUGCCGGUGUAUUUGGCUCGCUUCUAUAUGGCCUUGCAACAGGGCCUUAAACUAAACGAUACGAAAGAAUGUGAGGAAACCUUGGCCAGCAUUUUGUAUAACUCUUCCGAUAUGUUCAGAAUUGAUUUGGAAGGAAUUCAGGUACUUUUGCCAUCGUUCAUUGCAGCGUUGGAAUUAAUUCUCCCGGAAAAGGAGCUUCGAAUGAAAUCCCAAAAUGUGAUUGUGAAUAAAACCGAGCUGAGACGGGCAGCAAUCAAUGUAUUGCUGUCGAUUUUAGCUUUACCAUUGCAUUUCCAAACUCUUCCAAUCCGAGACAUCACCGGAGGACCAGCUGACAAGAUGAUAACAUUCGCACAGCUCAAGCCACGCUUGAUCAAUAUUUUAAUGAAUGCACUGCAAGUGGAGAGCGAUGCACAGAACACUCACAUGCUUCUGGGUGGACUUCAUCUUUGCGUACAAGAUUCUGGAUCGUUCGAAGAGAUGGAGCUAGGUGGAGACGUGCUACAUUCUACGCAACAGGCCAAUGAUUCCAAUUUGCUUAGCUCAGCAUGCUCGGAGAAGAGUACGUACUCGAUCAAUAGCGCCAACUCCAGCAUCGGAGGCAACAGCACCGCCACGCUUAGCAAUGAGCCUUCUAGUUUGCCGGCUUUCGAUGAUUUCUCAUCCGACAUUAUUCAUGAUUUAGAGUUGAGUUCAUCUGCAGUUUAUGAUAGUGGCCAUGCGCUGUUUGUCCGGGCGACUUAUUUGGUCUGUCACCGAUUGAUCUCGUCUUGGAAGGCCGACCUGAACGUUUCAUUGGCUGCUUUGGAGCUGCUAUCCGGACUAGCCGCCAUGCACAUCAAAGACUCGGAAGCUCUCGAAUGCAAGCGUGCAGUGAAGUGGGUGUGUGAUUACAUCUGCUACCAAUGUUCGCGACCUCCACCGGCCCACAGCAAAGAUCUGCACAGCACAAUUGUGGCCGCAUUCCAAUGUACGUCGGCCUGGUUGAUGCAUCAUCCGUACUUACUGCAUGACAAGGAAUGUCUAACCACCGUACUCGAGGUGGUAGAAUUGGGAAUUUCCGGUUCCAAGAGUAUCGGCAAACCCGGUGAACCGGUCAAGCACAAGGACGAGAAAGAACUGAAGCCGGCAUCGAUGAGGGUUCGUGAUGCGGCCGAAAAUUUGCUCACUCUGAUACUUGAGCAGAUCGAUUACUUCCCCAAUGAGUGCGGCAAACAGUCGCUGUCUUCGCUACUCGACGAGGUUGUAUUAGCAAAACAUUCCAAUACGAACGACGAAGACACUUCCGAAAUCAGUCAGGAACAGGCGAUCAGAAAAUUCAAGUAUUUCGUAACUGAAAAUUCCACCAUUCUGGCACUGUUCGAGGAACCGCUGGGAAACGACCAGGAUCCACAACCAACGGUUACAAUACUGAUCCGUGGUCCCUUCGGUCGGCACGCUUGGACGAUGCAGUUGCGUCACUUAUCGCGCAGCAAAUCAGGUACGAAGUAUCAUGCUCCGAACCCCGGACGGCCCGUUCCAAUGAAUGAUAUUAUGAUCAGGCAGGAAAUUGAGUACAAGUACUUUCCCGAUUCUGUCGAACGCAUUCCACCCUGCGUGGUGGAUUAUUCCAUUCCCACGUUGGAUUCGACCGAACAGAAGGUUGGAAACCAGUGUACUAAACAUUUGGCUCGAUUGCUCGAAGAUCAAUUGGUAUAUGAAAAACUGUCCUGGGCUCAAACCGAAUGCUCCGUCGAUGGGUUGGGUCACGCACAGGAAGCUACUCCUCCCAAUGUUUGUCAUGAAUUUCAAGCUGCUCGCUUGUUUCUGGCACAUUUCGGCUUCCUCUCGAUUGGUGAUAACAACAAUGGUCAAAGAAUGUUGACCGCAUUGGAUGCUUCCAAACCGGAAUUCUGCCAAGAUCUGAAAAUGUUGGACAAAAUGAGCCCACGGACAUGCGAUACCAUUCAUGUGUUUUACGUAAAGGCAGGUCAAACAUCCGAAGCCGACAUCAUUGGCAAUAUGGACCCGGAGAAUCUUUCCAACAUUGAUGUGCAUUUCUGGAAUGUCCUUUACACACUCGGCUGGCCGGUAAACGUAGCGGAACAUGCCGGCUGGACGGGAUUCAUCAGCAGCAGUUGGAAGAUCCCGAAGGAAAAUAAGGAUCAACGAAAGGGUCAAUCGUUCAAUACGUCCAACAUCGAAGAUCUGCAGUUGAAUGGAGAGAAAAAAGUACUCUAUUGGGCAGACGUAGCAUCGGAGAUGGCUAUCGUAGUCCCGAAUCGUAGCAAUCGAAGUGAAAUAUCGUUGGAUGAUACUGCCGAGGCAACGUUAAACACAACGUACGAGAGAAGUGUUAGCGAAAUUCAAACUUCGAAGUUAGCUUCUAGCAAAGCUCGCCAGUAUUCGCUGGAAAAUGAACCCGGUCGUUUGGGGACAAUCAGCAGUAAGUCGGCUGAUCCUAUUCCACCGGUUCGCAGGAGAACGGGUGCAUCGAAACCGGUGACCCUGUAUACUGCCCCGACUGCUAAAAUUUUACUUGUAUGGUUGGAGAGUUACGAAGACCAUUUAUCGUUUCCGAUUGACGAUAUGCUGCACUACACUCGUGCGGGUUUCUCAACAGCGCACGGCCCGAUCACGCCACUGAACUCCAACGAAUGUCACGUUAUCUUCUUGCAUGCACUUAACUCCGGUCUGCUGCGGGUCAAAUUGCACGGACCCACCGGACGGAUGAACUUCGCUAUACCGCUUAUCGACGGCAUGGUCGUUAGUAGACGGGUCAUCGGUUCUUUGAUUCGCCAGACAGCCUACAAUAUGGCCAAGCGGAGACGUUUGGAUAACGAUUCCUACCAGCCUCCCCAUGUUCGCAGGCGAAUCAAAGUGCAGGAAAUGAUGCAACGGUACAAGAAGGAUCUUAGCGAACCGGAAUUGCUGGCCGAUCUGUUUAAACCGUCAAUAUAAAAAAGUAUUAUGUUUGUGUUGUGUUGAUGUGAAACAAUUUAAUUGUGUUAGCUAUUUCCUCUAUUGGAAUAUUUCCGUUUUAUUUAUUAACAUUGACUAUUGAUUUAGGAAAACAUAAGUUUAUACAUUUUUUUUAUUGUAUUAUGCACAUUAAAUUUAUAACAACACUAA